CCCCCCCCGAAGCCUCUCUUCCAGAGCUUCAUAUAUAGCUCCACCACCACCGCGCUCAGCUUCCCCCCGCUCCGCUCCGCUCCGCUCCAAUCCAAGCAAAGAGACAAAGGGGUCGUUCGUCUCUCCGCAUCGUUCUCUCGAACUAGGCCGCCGGCGAAUUCUUUCCACCCCCGAGAAAACGAUCCGUCGGCAUGGCGGCGCCCAAGUCCCGGAAGGCCCCGUCGCGAGACGGCCCGAGGCUGUCGAAGGACUCCAAGAGACCGUUCAAAGCCAAGAAGAAGUCCGGCGAGGCGACCGGGCGAAAGCCCGCCGCCUUGCAGCUCGAGGACGACGUGCCCGAUUUUCCCAGAGGUGGAGGAAGUUUUCUCAGUCGAAAAGAACGUGAGGAAAUUCAUGCGGAAGUCGAUGCACAGUUUGAGACUGAGGACAGGGAGUCAAAGAAAAAGAAAACGAAAAGGAUGCAGAAGAGGGGGCCUACUUCAGAAGAUGAUCUGGGUUCACUUUUUGGGGAUGGAAUGACUGGGAAAUUACCUAGAUUUGCAAACAGAAUCACUUUGAAGAAUAUUUCUCCCGGUAUGAAGCUUUGGGGAGUCAUCAGUGAAGUCAAUGAGAAAGAUCUUGUUGUUAGUCUUCCUGGGGGAUUACGUGGUCUAGUUCGGGCAUCAGAUGCAAUCGAUCCUGUUUUAGAUGGUGAAACUGAGGAAAGUGAAAAUAAUUUACUGUCGAGCAUGUUCAGUAUAGGGCAUCUUGUAUCUUGUGUAGUAAUGCAAGUCGAUGAUGAUAAAAAAGAGAAAGCAAAACGAAAGAUCUGGCUCUCGUUGCGUCUCUCUUUGGUGCAAAAGGGAUUUACACUAGAAGCCAUUCAAGAAGGGAUGGUCCUCUCAGCAUACAUUAGAAGUAUUGAAGAUCAUGGUUACAUUCUCCACUAUGGCUUGCCUUCUUUUACAGGAUUUUUGCCAAAAGCCAGCGAAGAUGAGAAUAAGGGUUCUGAAUUAAAAGUUGGGAAACUUUUGCAAGGAGUAGUCAAAAGCAUUGAUAAAGCUCGAAAAGUUGUUUAUUUGAACCCUGACCUGGAUAUGGUGUCAAAAUUUGUGACAAAGGACGUGAAGGGCAUCUCAAUUGAUCUUCUCGUUCCUGGUAUGAUGGUUAAUGCUCGUGUACAAUCAACCAUUGAGAAUGGAAUCAUGCUAUCAUUCCUCACAUACUUCACUGGAACUGUUGAUAUGUUUCACUUAGAGAACGCUUUACCUACAAAAAGUUGGAUGGACAGUUGCACUAAAAAUAAGAAGGUUAUUGCUCGGAUUUUAUUUGUCGAUCCUUUUAGUAGAGCGAUCGGUUUGACUAUGAAUCCGUAUCUUAUUCAAAAUAAGGCUCCUCCUUUGCAUGCUAGGGUAGGCGAUAUUUGUGAGAACGCAAAAAUAGUCAGGGUAGACAGAGGGUUGGGCAUUUUGCUUGAGAUCCCUUCUACUCCUCAGUCUACUUCAGCAUAUGUUAAUGUAUCAGAUAUUGCUGAAGGGGAAGGUCAUAAACUGGAAAAGAAGUUUAAGGAAGGAAGUUGUGUACGUGUUCGGAUUUUUGGGAUUAGGCAUUUGGAAGGGCUAGCUGUUGGAGUUUUGAAGGCCACUGCAUUUGAAGGAUCAGUUUUUACCCACUCUGAUGUCAAGCCUGGGAUGGUGGUGAGAGCUAAGGUGUUAGUUGUUGAUACCUUCGGUGCUAUUGUUCAGUUUUCCGGUGGCGUAAAGGCACUUUGUCCACUUCCGCAUAUGUCUGAGUUUGAAAUUGCAAAACCUCGAAAAAAGUUUAAGGUUGGAGCUGAGCUGGUGUUUCGUGUGCUUGGUUGCAAAUCUAAGAGAAUAACUGUCACCCACAAGAAGACACUUGUGAAAUCAAAACUUGCAAUUAUUAGCUCAUAUUCAGAUGCUGCAGAUGGACUUAUAACCCAUGGGUGGAUAACCAAAAUUGAAAAGCAUGGAUGCUUUGUCCGGUUCUACAAUGGCGUCCAGGGAUUUGCUUCUAGACAUGAACUUGGGCUAGAACCUGGAUCUGAUCCAAGUUCAAUGUAUCAUGUCGGACAAGUUGUCAAGUGUAGAGUAACUGGUUCUGUUCCUGCGGCACGAAGGAUCAAUCUAAGUUUUCUGAUGAAGCCUGCGAGGAUUUCUGAAGGUGACAUGGUCAAGUUGGGUAGCCUUGUUACGGGAGUGGUUGAGGCAGUAAGUCCUCGUGGGGUUGUUAUAUAUGUUAAGGCAAAAAGUUUCUUCAAGGGUACAAUUCCUACUGAGCAUUUGGCGGAUCACCAUGAGCAUGCUAUGUUGAUGAAAUCAGUGUUGAAGCCUGGAUAUGAGUUUCAGCAGCUCCUCGUUCUAGACAUUGAAGGAAACACUUUAUUACUUUCUGCCAAGAGUUCCCUCAUUAACGCAGCUGUGGAUCUUCCUUCUGAUCUGCAUCAAGUACAUCCAAAUUCGAUUGUCCAUGGAUACGUCUGCAAUAUAAUUGAGACGGGUUGCUUUGUUCGUUUCCUUGGCCAUUUGACUGGUUUCUCUCCAAGGAAAAAGGCGAUGGAUGUGCAGAGAGCAACUCCUUUGGAAGCCUUUUUCGUCGGGCAGUCUGUUCGGAGUAACAUACUUGAUGUUGACAAUGAAACAGGUAGAAUAACACUUUCGUUGAAGCAAUCAUGUUGCUCUUCGACUGAUGCAUCCUUGAUUCAAGAAUACUACUUCUCAGAGGAUAAGAUUGCUAAGCUCCAAUCUCCAACCUUAAGUGGAACUGAGAUAAAAUGGUUCGAAAGAUUCAAAAUUGGCAGUAUUGUUGAGGGAAAAAUCCAGGAGAAAAAGGAUUAUGGAGUGGUCGUCAGUUUUGACGACUGUGCUGAUGUACUUGGUUUUAUUACUCACUAUCAAUUAGGAGGAAGUUGUGUGGAAGUAGGAUCUGUUGUUGAAGCUGCAGUUCUCGAUGUUGCCAAAGUGGGUCAGCUUGUGGAUUUGUCUCUAAAGCAAGUGUUCGUUAACAAGGUCAACAAUGAAAGUUCUAAUAGCCAUUCUGAAAAGAAGAAGCGUAAGAGAGAAGCGAAAAAAAAUGCAGAGCUGAAUCAGACUGUCACUGCAGUGGUAGAGAUUGUGAAAGAAAAUUAUCUGGUUCUUGCAAUUCCUGAGUGUAACUAUGCUGUGGGAUAUGCACUGAUAUACGAUUAUAACACGCAAAAGGCCCCUCAGAGACAAUUUCUGAAUGGAGAAAGUGUCACUGCCACUGUUGUGGCACUUGCUACUCCUGCUACCAUGGGAAGGUUGCUCUUGCUUCUUAAAUCUGUUGCUGAUGUCAGUGCCACAUCGAGUUUAAAGAAGGCUAAAAAAAUGUCAAAUUUCAAUGUGGGAUCUCUUGUACAAGCUGAGAUUACUGGAAUCAAGCCUCUUGAAAUGCGACUAAAAUUUGGGGUUCAUCUGCAUGGAAGAGUUCACAUAACAGAGGUCAAUAAUGAUAACUUUGUGGAUGAUCCAUUCAAAAAUUUCAAAGUUGGGCAAAAGCUAAGUGCGAGAAUCAUUGCAAAAGCUGACUCAUCAAAUAAGUGGACAAACAAUCAGUGGGAGCUGUCUAUAAAACCAUCCUUGCUUAGUGAUGCUCGUGUAAUUGGGGAAGAUUUUACCUCUGAGGAUUUUAAUUUCACUGCUGGACAACGUGUCUCUGGUUAUUUAUAUAAGGUGGAUAGUGAAUGGGCCUGGAUAUCGAUAUCUCGUCAUGUGAAGGCUCAGCUAUUUGUUCUUGAUAGUGCAUGCGAAACAAGUGAACUUCAAAACUUCCAGAAGCGCUUUCAUGUGGGAAAAGUUUUUUCCGGAUAUGUUUUAAGCACCAACAAGGAGAAAAAAUUGUUGCGGUUGGUACCAUGUCCUUUCUCAAAUAGGAAUAAUCAUCGUGAACAACAAAAGAUUGAUGAUUCAAGUGAGCAAAAGCUAAAAGAUGAUGUUACAGCACAUAUGCAUGAAGGGGACAUCCUGGGUGGCAGAAUUUCCAAAAUUCUUCCUGGUGUAGGUGGAUUGGUCGUCCAGCUUGGCCCUUCAGUUUAUGGUCGGGUUCACUAUACUGAAAUAACAGACUCAUGGGUGUCUGAACCAUUAUCUGGGCAUCAUGAAGGACAAUUUGUGAAAUGCAAGGUUAUUGAAAUCGCUCGCACAGCCCAGGGAAGUGUACAUAUUGAUCUGUCUUUACGAGCAUCACUGGAUGGAAUGGGUGUUCAUAGUACUGAGGAUCUCUCCGACAGGAAUGGUAAUUGCAAAUGCAUGGAAAAGAUUGAGGAGCUAUGUCCUAAUAUGGUUGUACAGGGUUAUGUCAAGAAUAUUACGCCUAAAGGAUGUUUUGUUUUGCUUUCUCGGAAACUCGAUGCAAAAAUUCUUGUAUCGAAUUUGUCUGAUGGGUAUGUUGAUAAUCUGGAGAAAGAAUUUCCUGUGGGAAAACUUGUCGAGGGCAGGGUGUUAUCUGUGGAAACAUUAUCAAAGAGAGUUGAAGUUACUCUGAGAGCAUCCAAUGCAGCCAAUGAUGAAAAAUCAAGAAUUGACAGUUUGUCGAGCCUGCAGAUUGGAAGUAUUUUAUCUGGGAGAAUAAGGCGAGUGGAGUUAUACGGUCUUUUCGUCACAAUCGACCAAACCAACUUGGUUGGACUAUGUCAUAUAUCAGAGCUCUCAGAUGAUCCUGUUGACAAUAUUGAAUCUAAAUACAAAGCAGGGGAUGAAGUUAGGGUGAAGAUAUUGAAGGUCGAUGAGGAAAGACGCCGAAUCUCUCUUGGGAUGAAAAACUCAUACUUCACAAGUGUCAAUGGUAUUCAAGUACCUUCAGACGAGGAAUCUGAUGAAUUGAUUAGAGAAAAUGGAUAUGGAGAUGAAACCAAGCUGAUGUUGCCAUCCAGCAGUUCUCAUGGGAUCCAGCAUAUGAUCAGUGAUAAUGAAAGUGAAGAAGAUGCUGCUCUUGCACAAGCAGAAUCUAGAGCUUCGAUUCCCCCACUUGAGGUCACUCUCGAUGAAAUUGAGCACCUAGAUGAAGAUAACAUGAUCAUCCCGGAGGAAGGUCAUGAUGAUGAAGUGAAAAACGUUGAGAAGAACAGGAGACGGACAAAGAAGAAAGAGAAGGAAGAGAGGGAGCAAGAGAUCCGAGCUGCUGAGGAGAGACUUCUGGAGAAGGAUAUUCCUAGGACGGCUGAAGAAUUUGAAAGGCUUGUUAGAAGCUCUCCUAAUAGCAGUUUUGUUUGGAUAAAAUACAUGGCCUUCAUGCUCUCUUUAGCCGAUAUUGAGAAGGCUCGUUCCAUUGCUGAAAGGGCGCUGCAAACAAUUAAUGUACGAGAAGAAAAUGAGAAGCUUAAUAUCUGGGUUGCUUACUUUAAUCUGGAAAACGAGUAUGGAAAUCCUCCCGAGGAGUCUGUUCUGAAAGUAUUUCAAAGAGCUCUACAAUACUGUGAUCCUAAAAAGGUCCAUCUAGCUCUUUUAGCGAUGUAUGAAAGGACGGAGCAAAAUAAGUUGGUCGAUGACCUCCUUCAGAAAAUGGUUAAGAAGUUUAAGCAUUCAUGCAAGGUAUGGUUGAGGCGGGUGCAGUGGUUUUUGAAACAGCAUAAUGAAGGUGUUCAGCCUAUUGUAAAUCGCGCUCUAUUAAGUCUUCCUCAUCAUAAACAUAUAAAGUUCAUUUCACAAACUGCGAUUUUGGAGUUUAAAUGCGGAGUUCCCGAUAGAGGUCGCUCUCUGUUUGAGGGAAUACUGCGACAGUAUCCAAAGAGGACUGAUCUUUGGAGCAUCUAUCUUGACCAAGAGAUGAAACUAGGAGAUACAGAUGUCAUUCGCGCACUCUUUGAGAGAGCAACUAGUCUAAGCCUUCCACUUAAAAAGAUUAAGUUCUUGUUCAAGAAAUAUCUUGCUUUUGAGAAAACCUUGGGUGAUGAAGAACGAAUCGAAUAUGUGAAGCGCAAGGCAAUGGAAUAUGCUGAGAGUACACAGGAGUAAAACAAGUUUGUUUCUCACUGGCAGUGGUUUCUUGUGCAAUAUCUCGAUAAACCGCCAUCGAGAUGCUUCAGCAUGUGGUGCUUCAGCAAUACUGCUGAAACAUCGCUGUGGCAAAGAGACUGAUUUUUCUUGUUUGACAACCCAAAAGAUGAGUCGAUCUAUCACAAGGAUGCCGCAUCUUGUUUCUUGUUCACUUGUAUCCGUAGCAGCUAAUGUGCCUAUAGGGUAUAAACAUUUCUCCAUUUAACUCUUAUUUCAGGGUUUAGUUUUUUAGUGUAGGAAUUUUGGCAGCUUAAAUCACCAGCGGAUAUUAUUAUGUACGAGUAACUGCACUUCUGGUCUUCCUAGGGAAGAAAAAUCUUGGAGCAGAGUCAUUUAUUCUUCUAUCUCUCGUAUAUAACAAGCUUCUUUGUGUUCUCUUUA